AUGGUCGCCCCAACGGCAGCAGCACAGGAAAAAGAGAAAACGAAAGAAGAAAAGCCAGGCAAAGAUGAAAAGAAGAAAUCUACUAAAGACGAUAAAAAAGACGAGAUGACCGAAGAAGAUAAGAAGUUAGAAGAAGAUCUUAAUAUGUUGGUACAACGACUAUGUGAAAAUGACGUUAGUUUGUAUCAUCCAUCGUUGGAGACUAUGCGAACUCUUAUCCGAGCCUCUACCACAUCUAUGACAUCUGUACCGAAACCUCUAAAAUUCAUGCGUCCGCACUAUGCUAAGAUGAAAGGAGUGUUUGAGAAAAUGCAGCCUGGACCCACAAAAAACUUGUGCGCCGAUGUUAUAUCUGUACUGGCCAUGUGUUCCGACGAAAAGAGUGACUGCAUCAACUUCAGAAUGAAAGGAAUGCAUGAGCCAAUUGGAGACUGGGGGCAUGAAUACGUACGUCAUCUAGCUAUGGAAAUGUCUGAGGAGUGGAAACAAGCCUCGGAUGGAUCAGAAAAAAGUAAAGCUAGGCGAAAUGAGCUUCUUGUGCUCGCUCGUGAUAUAGUGACGCAUAACAUGAAGCACAAUGCCGAGGUAGAAGCUUGUGAUUUGUUGAUCGAAAUUGAGCGACUGGAUCUUCUUAUGGAGUACGUCGAGGAUGUGGAUCAUCAACGCGUGUGUCUUUACCUGCUCAGCUGCGCUCCGCUAACACCGGAUCCCGACAAUAUAAUAUUGAUCCGAACUGCAAAAGAUAUUUAUUUGAAAUAUAAACGUUAUCUUGAAGCUGUACGAUGUGCUAUUAUGCUCAAUGACCCAGCUGAAAUCAAGAACAUUUUCUCUAAGACGAAUGAUCUGCUAUUACAAAAGCAAAUGGCGAUUUUGCUCGGCAGACAUCAGAUUUUCCUCGAUUUCGAGAAUAUGCCGAAUGGAGAACAGCUUGGUGAAUUGAACUCGAACGCCCAUCUAUACGAGUACUUCCAUUCUCUCGCACGAGAGCUGGACAUUAUGGAGCCCAAGACGCCUGAGGGGAUUUACAAAAGUCAUUUGGAGCACAGCAGACCUUUUGGAAAUACAGCAGCCCCUGAUUCCGCUCGCAUGAAUCUAGCUGCAGCUUUUGUCAACGGAUUUGUGAACUGUGGUUUCGGAGUUGAUAAAAUGAUGGCUGAAAGCGAAGAUGCGAGCAAGUGGUUUUACAAAAACAAAGAAUAUGGUAUGCUUUCUGCUGCUGCUUCGCAAGGUCUUGUUUGGAGAUGGGAUAUCGACUCAGGACUGGGUCAGUGCGACAAGUUUCUGUAUGUAAACGACGAUUUCAUUAAGGCCGGAACUUUGCUGGCUAUUGGUAUUAUUUCCUCUGGCAUCCAAGAUGCUUGUGAUCCAGCAUCUGCGCUGCUUAUUGACCAUAUUCAUUCAGAACGGGCUGUUAUUCGUGUGGGAUCCGUUCUUGGCUUGGGUCUAGCCUACGCCAAUUCAAAGAGGGAAACUGUAGUUAAGAAUGAAGAAGGUGGUGUGAUCUUCGAGUUGAAGAAAGUACUCACAGACACGAAACCUUCAGCGACAAGCGAAGUGAAGGGACUAACAGGCCUCGCACUUGGUCUCAUCAUGGUUGGGACUGCUGAUCAUACGGUAGCGAUGGAAAUGUUGCAAACUCUCAUGGAACGCAAUGAGACGGAACUUAGUGAUCCCAACAUGCGAUUCUUAGCUUUGGGAAUUGCUUUAAUUUUCCUUGGUACUCAAGAGAAGAGCGAAGUGUUUGUGGAGUCGUUGCGGUCAUUACCAGAACCUUUCGGUUCUAUGGUGUCUACUCUAGUAGAUGUAUGCGCAUACGCUGGAACUGGGAACGUGCUUAAGAUUCAGAAAUUGCUCCACAUGUGCUCAGAGCAUUACGAGACGGAAGAUAAGAAGAAAAAGAAGGAUGAAAAGUCGAAGAAAGAUGUCAAAGAGAAGGACAAAGAUGCAAAACCUGACCUAUCGUCUCAGCAAGCCGUUGCUGUUAUUGGAAUAGGUCUAAUUGCUAUGGGAGAAGAUGUAGGGUCACAGAUGGCGUUGAGGAUGUUCGGACACCUCAUUCGAUAUGGCGAGCCAGUUAUCCGACGAGCGGUCCCACUAGCAUUGGCUUUGAUCUCCGUAUCUAAUCCUCAGCUAAACAUUUUGGAAACAUUAAGCAAAUUUUCUCAUGAUGCAGACGCCGACACAGCUCAUAACGCCAUAUUUGCCAUGGGACUUGUUGGUGCCGGAACAAACAAUGCUCGCUUAGUGGCAAUGCUAAGAUCGUUAGCCAGUUAUCAUCAUAAGGAUCAGGUUUCCUUGAUGUUAGUGCGGCUUUCGCAAGGCCUCACUCACCUUGGUAAAGGCACUAUGACCUUGAAUCCAUGGCAUUCCGAUAGGCAGCUUUUGUGUCCAAGUGCCAUAGCAGCUCUGCUUACAAUUUGUUUUGCGUUUCUGGACGCCAACAACUCGGUAUUGAAUAAUCGACAGCACUAUUUGUUAUAUGCGCUUGUGUUGGCAAUGCAACCACGAAUGUUAGUCACAUUGUGUGAAGACGAUAAGAAACCAGGGCAGCUCAAACAGGUUGGUGUCACAGUACGGGUUGGUCAGGCGGUAGAUGUGGUGGCCCAAGCAGGUAAACCAAAGACAAUCACUGGCUUCCAAACCCACACAACUCCAGUUCUAUUAGCUUAUGGUGAAAGAGCCGAGCUAGCAAAUGAAGAAUAUAUUUCUAUGACACCAUAUUUGGAAGGCUUAGUGAUAUUAAAAAAGAACCCAGAUUAUGAUGUACCGGUGGCUGCAAAGAAGUAG